AUACCCUGCAGCCCUUCGGCCUUGUGCACUUGAAAAAGCACGCUGGCCUUCGGCCAUCUGACUGCGGUUGGUCAAAACCACAAAGAUUGCCACCCUAACAGCUGAAAGAGGGUUCUCCGGUCCUCUCUCCCUUUCUCUCUCUCUCUCUCUCUCUCUCUCUCUCUCUCUCCCCGAGCGAGUGUUCAUGCUCUCCGUUUGUGGCGAUGGCGAUGGCGACGGGGAUGGCAAUCGCUAUGGCGUGGCCCGCCCUCUCUCAGAUAGGAAUGACGGUUUAUGAGAAGAGGAAGGAGAGGUUGAGUGAGAUGGUGCAUGGAUUCAGCACGAGAGGCACGGAGAAGAGGAAGAACCGCCCAAUCACGUCGCCCAACAGCAGCGCUGCUGCCACACAAGUGAGCUGCAACGUGUGGAUUCUGCCGAAGGUGGAGAAGAUCUGGAAGAGGGGAGAGAGAGAGAAUCUUGCGACGACGAGGGAGGGACCUCAGGAGCUGGCGCAGAAGAAGAUCGGUCGAUCGGGUUCCCGAUCCCGGUGGGCGGCGGCGGAGACUGGCCUCCGAAUCGCGGCGGCGGCGGUAGCAGUUUGGUCGGGAUCUGGUCAAGGACAGCGUUGGAGGAGUCCCGGCUGUAGCGGAGGAAGGAGGGGAAGGGAUGGGGAUAGGGAUAGGCGCGUGCGCAACGAAGUAGGGGUGUCGGGAUCGCGAUGGGCGGCAGAUGAAGAUGUCGCUCGCGGAGCGACAACGUCGAUGGCGACGGCGCGCGCGCGACGCGGCCGGAGGAUCAGGAGGAAUGGGAUCGGAGCGGAGGCGGUCCUUAUCGACUACUAUGAAGGCAGAUCCCGACAGGAGGAGAUGUGGAAGAUGCGGGGAAGGAGAUGGAGGAGGUGGAAGCGGAUCGCCGGUCGGGAUCGGGCGAUCACAGCAGUGCGGGCAGCAGCGGACGUGGGAAAAGGAUCCGUAUGUUAUCACAGGAGUGUCGUAGCCGGAGGAGGAGGAAGGCGCAAGGAGGAGGAGGAGAAGGGGCAGGGAGGGGAGAAGGCGGCACCCUCUCUCUCUCUGCUUCCUAGAGACGUGAUUGUAUGGCUACCUCCUACGUACCAUUCAUGCAUGGUUUCUACAGAAGCCAAGGGGGAGAGAGAGAAUGACCAGAUGGAGGAGGAGGAGGAGGAGGAGGAGGGGGGAGGCGAAGAAUGCUUGCUCCGCCGGUAUCCCGUCUUAUACGUGCACGACGGACAGAACCUGUUCGAUCGGGAUACGAGCUUUAUAGGAGAGACUUGGCAGUUAGGAGAAACAGCCAGCCGGUUGAUGACGAUGGACAUGCAACAGCACCAGCCGCAGGAGGAAAAGGAGAAAGAGGAGGAGGAGGAGGAGGAGGAGGAGGAGGAGGAGGAGGAGGAGGAGGACAGGGAUGGGAGUUUUGGCACGUGUCCAAUUAGGGAGGCAAUCAUCGUAGGCAUUUAUAAUACUCAGGACAGACUGGAGGAGUACAGCAGCCUGCAUAAGAAGGGGAGAGAAUACUUGCACUUGCUCGUUAAUUACAUCAAGCCGUUGAUUGAUUCGGCUUAUCGAACGAUUCCGGACAGAGAUUCGACAUUCACGAUGGGUAGUUCAAUGGGCGGUCAGAUUGCAUUUGCUGCUGCAUGGAACUAUCCCGAAGUGUUUGGCGGGGCGGCAUGCUUGUCGCCCGUCUUCCCGCCGCAAUUGAUACGGAGAGUGGCAUUGGCGCGCAGUGAUGGGCGUGGGCGUGGGCACGGGGGUGGGGUUGAUGAGCGAAGGAAACACUUAAGAUUGUAUGUUGAUAACGGAGGGGACAGGAGGGACAGACAGCUCCAGCCGGGCGUAGAUGGGAUGCUCGAGGCGCUGACACGUCAGCAGAGAUGGCGUGUCAUCGCUGAUGGAGCCUCAGGCGGACACGUGGCAGACAGUGGGAGUAGGAGGAGGAGGAAGAAGAAGAAGCCUGACCCGUCGACAAGUGGCGAUGGCGGCCAAAGCCAAUCAUUGCUCUCAAAUUCCUCUCAGGUACCCUUUGCUAAAAAUCGCGGGAACGAGCCUCGGCAGGAGAGCACGUGUUCUUCUUCGCUUUCCUCUUCUUCAGCAUCUCUUGGCUCUUCUUCUUUUGCGUCUUUUGCUUCUUUUGCUUCUGCUGAUAAUGCUGAUAAUGCUGGUGGUGCGUGUAUUGGCGGGAAGAAGGAAAAGGGAGGGAAAGGGAAAGGUGGAGGCGAGGAAGUGGAAGAGAAGGAGGAGGAGGAGGAGGAGGAGGAGGAGGAGGAGGAGGAGGAGGAGGAAGGGUUUGAUAUGGAGUUAUGGAGGAGAAUAAGCAUGGAGGACGAGGGAGGUGGAGAAGAGGAGGAGGGAGGUGAAGGGGUAGACAGUCGUUCUGUCGCUCUCGAGGAAGUGGCGGCGGCGACCGACACCAUGCCACGUGGCACGAGCGCCAGCGAAAACUCGUUCGAGCGCGCGGAUCAGGAGAAAAACACGAUUGUCAUUAUGUGCUACAGAGAUGAGCAAGCUCGGCAUCAAGAUCCCUCCAUCUCAUCAAGUGAGGUGCUGCAGUGGCAGCAGCAAAGGACCACCUUUCAUGCCACACAACUGCAACUGCAACUGCAACUACAACUGGAACUGGAGCUGGAACUGGAGCUGGAACUGGAGCUGGAACUGGAACUGGAGCUGGAACUGGAACUGGAACUGGAGCUGGAACUGGAACUGCAAUUGUGGGCAAGAUGUGCAAGUAGCAAAGUCCUUGCAAGCGAACUGCCAUGGACGGCAGAAACGAGUUUGGCGCCCAGGGCCCAAAAAGUGAUCCUCAUGUGAUCAUAGAAUUGGUUACUGCCGUGGCAAUCGGCUUGACGAGAGAGAGAGAGAGAGAAUACCCGGCCCGCCACCGAGUGGGAAAUUGCAAACAGUUACUAGAUGGAGGCCCAAGUUUGUUCCUACUGGUGGGAGAGGGGCAAAUUGGAGGAGGUUGGGGGGGGGGGGGGGGGAGAGAGAGAGAGAGAGAGAGAGAGAGAGAGAGAGAGAGAGAGAGAGAGAGAGGAGCAAAAUUGGAGGAGGUAACUCGGUUUGGGAUAUAUGGGAUAUAAGGGGGGUUGGCUCAAGUAGCAGGACGCAAUUAUUCCGCUUGAAAUGCAUUUUUUCAAGAUAAAGGAUCUUGGAAAUG